GUUGAUAAUAUUAACAAUGAUCGACAACAUGGAGAUGGUAAGAUUGUACAGAUACCAUACUUAAAAAUUUAAAUUCAAAUCUACAUAAUAUUAAACCACAAAUUUCAUAAAACAUUUAUGUAUUGCGAUUUGGUUUUUUGAAGAUCAAAACAACCGAGCUUCUAAAAGAAUCUCAUAUAGAGAAUUUCCAGAAGAGCAGAAGGAAGAAAUACGUAGAAAACAACGAGAGAGAUAUGCUAAACAAAAAGUAUUGAAAAACUAUCAGAUUGAUGCGACUAAUUCAAGUUAUUUGAAUCGUAACAAUUUACCCCCAUGUACUGAUGAUCAUGCGGCAUCUACAAGUACGCAACAUUCGUGUUAUCAUGCUGAUAAUAUUAACAAUGUUCGACAAGAUAGACAUGGUGACAGAGUAUCAAAGAGACAAUGCAAUCAUCAUACCAACUUAAGCUCUACUGACAAGAGAUCUUCUUAUCAAGUUCUGGAUUCUUCAAAUGGAUGCAGUGGUAAAAAUAGUCUCUACCAAAAUUCAUCUUCCGAAAAUAAUGGGAGAUUUGAUCAGAUACAUUCAGUUGAACUCGAGAACUCAAUUAGCCACACAAUUAUGUCAACAACUUCUAGAAGUCAAUCGCAAAAUAGGGUCACUCGAUUUCGAGAUUUGCUACAAAAUGUGCCAUCUGAAGCAUUUUCACUUCCGUCGGUCCCCAUAUGCAUACAUUGUAAAGCAAAGAGAUUUAUCCAUGAAACAAAUGGAUUCUGUUGUGCAGAUGGAAAGAUCUAUCUGGCCACAAAUGAAGUUCCAAAUGAACUUUUUGCAUUAUUAACCUCCACCACAAGUGAUUCUGCACAUUUCCGGACAUAUAUUCGAACUUAUAACAACCAAUUUGCACUCACAUCUUUGGGUGUUAAAUAUGAUCACAAUAUCUGCCAAAGAAACAAUGGAAUAUACACUUUUAGAGCACAGGGACAAAUCUACCACAACAUCACAGAUUUACUUCCUUCUGAUGGUCGUCCUUCUAAUCUCCAAUUAUAUUUCUAUGACACGGAACAUGAGUUAGAUAAUCGACUAUUAGAUUCACAAUACAGAAUGCUCCCAACAGUCACAAGUCAACUCAUCCAUAUUCUUCGCAUCAAUCCGUACUCUAUUUUCUUUCGUUCACUUGGUGAUAUGCCAGAUUUGGAAAGACAAAUAAUACAUGUUAGGAGUGACGCUGGCCUAGAUCAACGUGUAUUCAAUGCCCCUACUUCCUUACAAGUAGCGGCAAUAUGGGUUGAAAAUGACAACGAGAACCAAAUUGGAAGGCGUGAUAUCUUUGUAUAUAACCAUUCCGGUAGACAAUUUAAAGUUCAAUAUUACUACGGGUGUUACGACUCACUGCAAUAUCCAUUGUUAUUUCCGUACGGUGAUAAUGGUUGGCAUAAAGGGAUUGAAAGGGUUGGAGAAACCCAAUCAAGAUCCGUCGAACAAACUCAAACAACAAACCCUCGACGAUCAUCAAAUGUAGAAGAAUUAUUAGCAGCAGAAGAAGCAGUAUCAAUCCAAGAAACGAAAGAACCAAAGGUUUCGUGCCGUGAAUAUUACUGCUUCAAGUUCCAAAUACGGGAAGAUGAAAGAUCGAUUUUGCUACUCUCUGGUCGGCUACUACAACAAUAUGCAGUAGACAUGUAUGUCAAGAUGGAGACUUCAAGAUUGGAUUAUUACAGAGGCCAGCAAAUGCACAUACGAACAGAAUUAUAUCAAGGUAUAGUUGACACAAUUACGCUGGGAGAACGAGACGCUUCUAAUGUUGGAAAGCGAAUCAUACUCCCUUCAUCUUUCAUAGGAGGACCAAGAGACAUGAGGAAGAGAUACAUGGAGGCAAUGGCGUUGGUACAACGCUAUGGUAAACCUGAUAUUUUUCUAACGAUGACAUGCAAUCCAAACUGGAAGGAAAUCACAAAUGAAUUAUGUCAACACGAGGAGAGCCACAAUAGACCUGAUCUGGUUGCACGAGUUUUCCAUGCAAAACUAGAGGAAUUAAAGGACAGGUUAUUCAAGAAAGAGAUAUUCGGCAAGGUCGCAGCAUAUGUUUACGUUAUUGAGCACCAAAAAAGAGGUCUUCCACAUGCACACUUUUUAAUUAUAUUGAAAAGGGAUUGGAAAGUCCAUGCUCCUGAAUCCUUCGAUGAGAUCGUGUCAGCAGAGAUUCCAGAUAAAAACUCUAACAUCCACUUGCACAAGGCGGUUGUAAAACACAUGAUGCAUGGACCUUGUGGGGAUUUGAACAAAACAAAUGUUUGCAUGAAGGGGGAGAAUCCACGUUGCAAAAAUAAUUUUCCAAAAAAAUAUGCUCCAUUUACGUCUGUCGGAAAUGACUGUUUCCCUAUUUAUAGGCGUUCAAAUAAUGGUGUGACCGUAAAGGUCAGAGGGGCAACAUUAGACAAUCGUUGGGUUGUUCCCUACAACCCAUAUCUCCUUGCCACAUUUGACUGCCACAUUAAUGUAGAAAUUUGCUCUACAGUGAAGGCGGUAAAGUAUCUCUAUAAAUACAUUUACAAAGGCCAUGAUCGUGUUGCAUUCAACUUGGUCUCCGAAACAAACAACCAACAAGUUGAUGAAAUACAUCAGUUCCAGACAGCUCGAUGGAUUGCUGCCCCCGAAGCAAUGUGGAGAAUAUACGGAUUUAUUGUAAAUGAGAUGUCCCCAGCAGUAUAUAGCUUGCAUUUACAUCUCAAGAAUCAGCAUACGGUUACAUUCCGAGGAAAUUCUGACCUGUCAAACAUUGCUAAUUCGGAACAUUACAAAAAAUCUAUGUUAACAGAAUUCUUUGAAUUAAAUAAAGUAGAUGAAAAUGCAAGGAUGUUACUGUACAGAAAAAUUCCUGAAUACUAUGUUUGGAACAAUCAAAACAGAAGGUGGACUCCCCGAAAAAAAAAGACAGUAAUAGGACGUAUUGUAACAGCAAACCCAUUAGAAGGCGAAAGAUAUUUUUUGCGGAUACUGCUAAAUCACAUAAAAGGCCCGUUAUCUUUCGAAGAUAUCAGGACAGUACAUGGCGUAUUGGCGCCAACAUAUCGUGAUGCAGCAACAAUGCAUGGAUUGCUACAGAGAGAUAGUUGCUUAGAAGACUGUUUACACGAAGCAUCCCUUUAUCAAAUGCCUUCCAGUUUGAGGCGAUUGUUUGCAACAAUAUUAGUCUACUGUAAUCCGAACAAUCCCAGAGAACUUUGGGAACAUUUUGAGGAACAAAUGUCACUCGAUAUCAAAAAAACAGAAAAUGAUACACAAAACGUAAGAUAUCAAGUAUUGCGGUCGAUAUCUUCGACAAUUGAGUCUAUGGGAAAAGACAUUAAGUCAUACCAACUGCUUGACGAAGACAUCAUCUUUGAUAAUGACGAAUUUCAAUCCAGAGAAAUUAACGAUGAAUUGAAUGUAGAAAUUCCAGAGGAAGAUGUUACAGCGUCAGAAAGACUUAAUACUGAGCAACAACAAGUGUACAAUGCAGUAAUGGAUAGUAUUUCAUCAAAAAAAAGCAAUGCAUUCUUCGUGGACGGGCCCGGUGGGACAGGUAAAACAUACCUAUACAAGGCGUUACUUGCAGCCGUACGAUCUAAUGGUGCCGUGGCACUCGCAACUGCUUCAUCAGGUGUGGCAGCAUCUAUUCUUCCGGGAGGUCGUACAGCUCACUCACGUUUCAAGCUUCCCCUCGAUGCCGAUGGAAAAAGCACAUGCUGUGUAAGCAAACAGAGUGCACUGGCCAAACUACUUUGUGCAGCAAAAUUAAUUAUAUGGGAUGAGGCCCCAAUGACCCGAAAACAGCACAUAGAAGCGUUAGAUAAAAUGCUACAAGACAUUAACGAUACAACCUUACCAUUUGGUGGAAAGGUAAUUGUUUUUGGAGGAGAUUUUCGCCAGGUGUUACCUGUGGUACAAAAAGGAACGAGACAGGAGCAGAUAAAUUCCAGCUUGGUAUAUUCAUACCUGUGGCCUACUUUGACUAAAUUUCGACUAAUUCAAAACAUGCGAGCCAGGCUGGAUCCGUUGUUUUCGGACUACGUGUUGUCGGUGGGCAACAGCACACCACCAAACACAAUCAAUGACAUAAUAAAAAUACCACAUGAAAUGCUUGUACCGUAUGAUGACGACAACAGUUCCUUAAAUAUCUUGAUAGAAGACGUUUUCCACAACAUUCAGCAAUAUCCAGAAAAUGUGUCUACCAUGAUGAACCGUGCAAUACUAACACCAAAGAACAGCUUUGUCGAUGAAAUAAAUUCGUUGUUAAUUGGACGAUUCCCAGGAGAAGUCCACCUAUACUAUAGUAGGGAUGAGACGGUAGAUAAUACUGAGCAAUCGGUAAUGGAGGACUUCUUAAACACUCUAACUCCGAAUGGAUUACCCCCACAUGAAUUAAAACUCAAAAAAAAUUGUCCCAUAAUGCUGCUUAGAAACAUUAAUCCUUCUGAAGGUUUAUGCAAUGGAACACGUUUAAUAUGUCGGGCAUUCGACCAAAAUGUCAUAGAUGCUGAAAUUGCCGUGGGACACCAUAUCGGAAAAAGAGUGUUCAUUCCAAGGAUACCAUUCCUGCCAAAUGUGGAUGAAAAUAGUGGUUUUCCAUUCAAACGAACACAAUUCCCAAUCAGAUUGAGUUUUGCAAUGACUAUAAAUAAGUCUCAGGGACAAACAUUGGAUUACGUUGGGAUCUAUUUACCACAACCUGUUUUUUCACACGGUCAGUUAUAUGUAGCAAUAUCACGAGCAAAGACAUCAUCAACAGUUAGAGUCCUGAUCCGACCUGUGUCAACUUCGCAACAAGAUAAGAACUCGACUAAAAACAUCGUGUACACAGAGUUAUUAGCAUUAUCUUGUUUAAGUUAAUCUCUUCAAACAACUUGCAAAGUGACCGAAUGCCGACUCUACACCAAUCAGUUGAUGACAUCACUCCAACCACAGUUGGAUGGAAAAUAAAAAUGACAAUUCUACAAAAAUUUCCACCACGAACAAGCAUGAGUUCACCAGUCCGAUAUCAGAAGCUGUAUUUAUCUGAUC